GGCGCAUUAGUACUACGACAAUUUUCCGUCGUGGAAAUGGACGACGUCCGGAUUGGACUGCUCUGAAAUUUGUGCGUUUAACUACCGACUGCUCACAAAGAAAGGACAAUAUUCCAGUGCAGAUCCAUGAGAGACGGUGCAUGUAAACUUCCACGCAUUGAUGAGAUCUUAAAAGCCAUGCAGUGUAUUCCGUGUUUCCUCCCAUCUUACUUUGUGUAAGCUAGAGGUAGUCUGACGUGGUCUCCUUGGCAUCCAUGGCCUCUAGCCGCCGCUUUUAUCCACAAACUGGUCGUAUAUUCAUCUGUCGUUUCUGCUUCCACCCUUUCUGCAGCCAGCACAGACUGGAGACCCACGAACGCAUCCACACUGGCAAGAAGCUUCACCAGUGUCCCCUCUGUUACAGAGCAUUCUCACAAGCCAUGUACCUAAGAUUCCACCUUGAACAGAUCCAUGGUGGAUCGCAGGAGCAGGUAGAAGUCCAUGUCCAUUCAACUUCAAGUUUGCAAAGCCAAACUGGUACAGUUCUUGAUGCGGUUGUUGGUGGAGGUGUAUCAGGAACGCCGCAUUUCAAUAGCGGUAAUGGUAUUGAGCAGGAGACAUCCGAUGACUUUGCAACAAGGAAUCCACCCUUAGGGGAGAGUAGUAUGGUCCCUGAUGGUGCAUUGGCUGCAGAGAUUAGAACAAGGCAACCAAAAGAGGAAAAUGAUACGCAGCAUGAACUUUCUCCUGAAGGCAGGAGACCUGAUUCUGGAAGCAACAAUGAUGGUCAUGAAUCUCCCUGUGAUAUUAAAGAGGAGAUAGUAAUCCAAAUCGAUAAUGGGAACAAUCAACUUGAACAAUCAUCUCUAGAAUCUUUAGGGGAUCUCAUGGACCUUGCCCCACUCUUCUUCGUUGAGGACAUCCCUGUUGGCACCACGGACCAGUCAAUGUCUUCUAUCAAUAUCCCCAGUGAUGGAUGCAUCAUGCAAAUGCCACCACAGUCCAGUUCUUCGGCUCAGGAAGAUCCUGGCGUUGUCAAGGUCAUGGCCAAAGACACCACUAGCUUUUCAUCCCAGGAAGAUCCUGGUCAUGUAAAGGUCAUGGACAAGGACUUUACUAGCUCUUCAUCCCAGGAAGAUCCUGGCAUUGUAAAGGUCAUGGACAAGGACACCACUAGCUCUUUAUCCCAGGAAGAUCCUGGCAUCGUUGAGGUCAUUAUCAAGGACACCACCAACUCUUUAUCCCAGAAAGAUCCUGGCCUUGUCAAGGUCAUAGUCAAGGAUACCAUUAGCUGUUCAUCUGAGGAACAUCCUGGCCUUUUUGAGGUUAAGGUUGGAGACACCUCAAGCUCUUCAUCACAGGAAAACUCAGUCCUUAUCCAGGUCAAGAUUGAGGACACCCCUAGCUCUGACCAACAGCCCACCAGCUCAGACAAGACAGCCUUUCCGAUCAAAGCUAAAGCUGAUGGAAUAGAGACACGUAUUCCAAGAAAGAUUCGGAAGCAACAGACUCCUCAGAGGACGAUCUUCGAUGAUGAGGAGUCAAUGGCUCUAGCACUUUCUCCUGAAUCUAUGUUGGUGGAAGAUGCAGAGAGGGAUCCAGAAGAGAAUGUUGUGCCUGGAGAUGGAAUGGGUGUCAUUACCACAGAGAACAAGUCCCAUACAUUGACAUCCGUUGUGCUACAGGAGGAGUUGAAGCGAUCAUCUAGCCCGAAGGACCACUCAGAUACUGCCCAACAUAUCCAAAGUUCUUGCCAAGUGCCAUCUGACCAUGGACCUUCAGCUGAUAAUGCUGGUGAUAGUAAGAGAAUAGGUAACAUGUCACAGUCUCCACAAUUUAACCUAGAUGAUACCAAAAACAAAUCCGAUGGGUCGAAUUCUGUUCUGCUUAACCCUUCAAAUCUAGGGGAGAGUGGUAACAAUAAUGCUGGUGGUUGUGUCCUGCCUGAGGUCUCAAGAAAGAGAAAGAGACUGACGUGUGAGCUCUGCGGUAAAACAUUUACGGGUACUCUGUUUCUCAGAUCUCAUUUCAGAGUUGAGCACGGGGCAGAAAUUAUAGGUAUUGAUAGCGAUGACGAUUGCUCGCUUGAUGGGGAAGAGGGAAAAGAAAAAGGUGAAAGUAAUGGUGUAUCCCAAUUCCCAAAGACCCCGAAACUCAAAAAAUGUGAUGAUUCAAAACCUAUGAAAAGGGGAAGAGGCAGACCUAAAGGCUCUAAAAAUAAGGCUAAAGAAUCUCCCAAAACUGUCUCUGCGCAACCUGGCCACAAGAAGUCAAAGAUGGUAGUCAAAAUAAAACAAAUGGUGGCUCAAAAGGCUUCUCCUGAUCCCGUCAACCCAAAGAAAAGAGGCCGACCUCCGAAGUAUAAAGUUCCUGUUUCUUCACCCCUUGAGGUGAAAUCGCAAAACGGCAACUCGGCGCGAGCGAAAAUUUCCCGUGCCACAGCCAGUAAGGCUGUUGACAAAUCUGUCAUUGACCCUUCUAUCAUAAAACGGCAGAGUAUCACUAAUGAGGACUUGGAGCCUUUCAUAGAAAAUAAAAUAAAGAAGGAAAGAAAGGGACCAAACUCCAUAUCUGGAGGUUUCAGAGGUUUCAAAUGUGAUUUGUGUGAAAAAGUGUUUAUUAACAAGAGCGAUCUCAAUCGCCACAUUCGAUCCCACACCGGUGAGCAACCGUACGCCUGUUCCACUUGCGGGAGAAGGUUUGGUGAUUACGCACAUCUUCGGGACCAUCAAAAGCUACAUUCUGACGUGAAAGCGUACGAAUGUAAAAUAUGCGGCAAGAGGUUCGCCCAAUCAGGUGGGCUUUAUUCACAUUCCCGUACGCACGAGGAAAGGAAAUACGGUUGCAAGGUGUGUUCGAAGAAAUUCACGCGCAAGAGCGAUGUGCAGAGGCACCUGCGAACCCACUCGGACCUCAAACCGUUCAAAUGUACUCUCUGCGAACAGGGCUUCAACACAGAACAGUCGCUGAAAGACCAUGCUAAGUUGCAUUCCGAGGAGAGGAAGUUUGCGUGCAAAGAAUGCGGCGCAAGGUUUGCUGGUCGGAACGGCCUGCACUCGCAUUUCAAAACACAUCUUGAGAAGGGAUACGAGUGUAAGACGUGCUCAAAGUCGUUUUCCAGAAAUUCUGACUGGCACAGGCAUAUGAAAACUCAUAAAAAAUAAUAACAUGCAUGUGGAAAUAAUGUCUAGAGUGUACUCGUUGCCUAUUUCAGCCAGUUGUGCUUGCUCAAAGCCUGCUGGAAUUUAUUAAAAAAUAAAUUGUAAGUGUAUCAAUUAAUUUCCUUUUACACCUGUAUGUCUUUUGACAACCAGUUAUGGACCUUCUUUGUAUGCUGCCAAUAACAAAAGUAACAGAAAAAAAAAGAGAGAAGACUAAAAAAAAUUUGGCAACAUAUUGCCAAGUUUUGUGGUUUUGAGUUCAAAUAUGAUAAUCAAAUCUGAAUGUGAAACAUUGGAGGAUUAUGGAAUAAUGUUCAAACUUCUACCUACCCUAACAAUUAUUUGAAAGCUCUCCUCAAAUAAUUGUUCAGUUUGGUAGAAGAUGAAACAUUUAUGUUAUCAUCCCCAACUGAUGAACGUUUUCUGUAUCAUUGGAGGAUUACAUGUAUUACUAAAAAAAUAUGAAGAAAAAAAACUUCAGUAAUGUGCCAAUAUGAACAUCAAUUUGACCACUUGACUUGUGAAUUAGCAUUUGAUCAUGAGGUGCAUCUUAGAGAAAUUUUAAUAGGCGCUAUAUAAAUAUUGAAUUAUUAUUAUUAUCAUUAUUAAAGUUAUAUUUCUGCCCUGUUGGCAUGUUGAAGAACUACAUGUGUUGUGUAUAUGUUGGGGGAGGAGGCGGGGGGGGGGGGGACUUCGCAUUUAUUUCAUGUUUUAAAAGACGUUUACCUCUUCAAACUGCCUACUGGAAUUAUCUGGCGCCAGGCUGAAGUUUUAAAGAGCCUACACGAAUUAUCAACGUCAGUAGUCAACAAGUUAAUGGAUUGCCUUCUGGAACCAGGGGCCUGUUUCAUAAAACUGUUCGUAAGGUACAAAUGACUUUACGCACGACUGGUGACCAUUUCUUGUUCUAAAUGAUAUUCCUAUGUAACUGAUUUAGCGCCUGAGAACAGGUUCCAAUCGUGCGUAAACCAGUGCGUAACAUUAAGAACAGGUGGGUGUUUCAUCAAGCUGUUCGUAAAUUACAAGCGACUUUGCGAAUGACUGAUGAUCUUGUGGUUAAUUACUUGCACCAACUUUUCAUUGGUGUUGAUUUAGAUCUCCAAUCUUUUGUUAAGUCAUUCUUAGAGCUCUUACAAAGCGCUUUAUGAGACACCCACCUGGUGGCCCCUUGCUCUACAAAGCCAAAUGGAAUUAUGCCAGUCAACAGGUUCACCCAUUGCUCACGGGAACAGUGGGGUCUCUAUAUAUAACACCUACUUAUAACAUAAUUACAGAAUUCACUGGUUAAUAGGCAGUUCUCAGUAAUUUUGUUCUGGGGAGCGUUUCAUGAAAGGACUUGUCGGACGUUUUAUCAGACAAGUCCGGUUUUAUCCGACAGUUACCAUAGUAACAGUGCCUCUCAGCCAAUCAAAAUUAAGGAAAGUUAUCAGAUCUGACAACUUGUCAGACAAAAACAUUGAUGAAACGCUCCCCAGAACCUCAGACCUCAUGGUUUACAGCCCAUACACCUAACCUCUUGACAUGCACAUACAUUGUAGGCCUGAGUGUUCAACUUGAACAAUUAAUGCAUUCGAACAGUUUAGCAACAAUCGACAACCAAAUACAACUUCAUACACUAAUCUAAUGCUUCACAAGAUGUUGAUUAUUGAUUUGAGAUGUUUGAUUUUCAAAAGUAUCGAUAUUUGAAAACAAAGCGCAAGAUGAAAUGCUAAGAAUUCCAAACUUCCCUAGACGUGAAAAUGACACAUUGCAUGCAUCAUUCAUUUAAGCUCUUUUGAUAUAUAUACAUGCAUUAGGCACUGUACUGGGACUCUCAACUGACUUUCUUGCUUUUCUCAAAUGGUUGAUUUAGUUCGCUGCACCGUACUGUAAAGCAACACUUUGAGAUUUAAUAAGCCUUUUAGUUAGAAGGACUGUUGGUAAUUGAGGAUUUUUUUAGGACAGCUGGGCGGGCCCCAAGGUCUAUUCCCUUGGAUCCCUUGUGCUGAUACAAGCCCUUUUCUCAUGCAUACUUGUGUUGUAUUGCAGCUCACCACCCAAAACAAUCACUUAUUUGUGAUGGUAUUGUAACACAGGAAAACCUACAGAAUGUGUGCAUUGUAUUUUAUGUAGAAAAUGACAAUAUUCAAUAGUUUGUAAGAUUGUCAAAAUUGUGUUGUCUGACUUUUAAAAAAUUCUACAUUAAAGGACUAGUCCAACCCAACAAAAAGUUGAUUGGAAGAAAAAGAGAAAAAUCCAACAAGCAUAACAUUGAAAAUUUCAUCAAAAUCGAAUGUAAAAUAAGACAGUUCUGAAAUUUAAAAGUUUCGCUUGAUUUCACAAAAUAGUUAUUUGCACAUCCUGGUCGGAAUGCAAAUGAGGAGACUGAUGUUAUCAUCCACUCACUAUAUCUUUUGUAUUUUUUUACAUGAAAUAUGGAUUAUUCUAAUUUUCUCCUCAUUGUCAAGUGAAACAAUGAUUAAUUCCUCCCUGGACAUGUGGAAUUAGCAUUGUUUAAUACUAUAUGGUUCAGUCAAGUUGGUCCUUAUUGUCAAAUCUGUAAAAAAUUAAAUAUUGUAUAAUUCAAACAAAUUAAAACAAACAAAAUAGUGACUGACAUCAUCGACCGUCUCAUUUGCUUGUCACUGAGUUGUGCAUAUCACUGUUUUGUAAAAAAAUAAGCGAAAAUUUAAGAUGUCAUAACUUUCUUAUUUUACAUCCAAUUUUGAUGAAAUUUUCAGCAUUAUGCUAGUUUGAUUUUUCCCUAUUUAUUCAAAUCAACAUUUUUCUGGGGUUUUCUUGACCUUUAAUCACUUUUAUACUAAACAAUUACUGCUUGGGUUUGUCUGCCCUUUCAAUGCAGUUGAACCAGUGCAGUGGCCAUCUCUUAAUCUAGCUGCCACUUGCAUAUCGUGACUAAUAAAGCUAAUGUGUACAUACAUGUAUAUGUGUAAAUGCUUUUACAAUGAACAUGUAUUUAUAAGAAAAUACAGGCUAAUAGUAGCAUAGCAGAAGUGUAGAAGUUCUUUUAAAGUUUUUUUAUAUUUAAUUUUUCUUAACAGAGCAGCGUUAUUCUUCAUGUAUUGUAAUGUAGUUCAUUUAUUAUCUUUUUUAGUAUAAUAUGAGCGGUCUACAGCUUUGAUUAUAGGUUUUGCUGAAUCGAUCCAAGGAAGUAUUAAUCAAAAUCGUUAUUCGUGCACGUUUGUCAGUGUUUUUGUAGCUGAGACCUGGAGUUUCGAAUCACAACGCCACAGGAGAAAUCUUUCUUUCUCCAAUAGAACGUGAACACAUGGCUCGGUCCCAAGAUUAAGGCUGGCAAAGUUGGCUUCGAUGCCGGCCUCUACUUCACCCCUGACAUGUAUCUCUUACCUUUUUAGUGUUUUUCUUCCUUGCAAUAAGGCUUUGGACUGUAAACAAUAUUUGUACAUUGAUAAUGUUCGGUGCUUAUAAAUUGUACAACUGAAUAGAUGAGUUCAUUAGAAUUGAA